AACAAUCUUUUGUACUUUGCAAAAAUGAAACACUAAGUUAGCCGUCUGUUUCUGCGUUAAAAAACUGAAUUCGAAGUUUUGAAUGAACAUUCUGCUCGCAACCUUCAUUGGCUUUGGCUCAGUCAACAAGCAGAACCUUUGGCACUGCAUUUCGGUUGUUUUGCGGUUUUGCUGACCUCGAUGCGCUACAAUGGCAGCGCCUCGUUCGCAACGCACAGCUGAUAUUCAAGUUCUUAUAUUGGUACUAAACCAAUUUGGUACAUUCGGUUUCGUUUUUCCCUCUUCGAGCACGUGAUAAAAUGACUUUAGCCACAAAGGUGUUGCAGAAACUGUUGCCCCAAAAUUUGCUCAAUAUCGCUAAUUCUAAAAUACAGUUGUAAUGGGGAAGCUUAGUUCCGUUGUAAUGAUUUGGUGGAUUUUAUGGAUUGACAAUUAGCACGGACUGUUUUGUGGAUUGACAAUAUCGACGUCGGAAUGACAAUUGGGCUGUUGCACAGAUUACUUGGGGGAAACUUUUGUGAACCCCAGCUUCUAACUAUGCCAGGAGACCAGCCAAAAGAGCCUUGCCACAUAUGUGGAAAGCCCUUCACUAAAGGCGCUGGGCUCUCCAACCAUGUUAAAGCCUGCGCCAAGAAAGCACCUACACAAGCUCCUGGUUCCACGUCCUCUCCACCCGACCAACAACCCCUUCAAUCCUUUUUGGCCGGGAAGCAUUACGCCGUCCCUAAAAGAGUGCCGAAGUCUGUCCGACGCCUGUGUGCUCAGUCCCUGACAGAAGUCCUCCGUACAUGCAUCAGAGAAAACACAUCGGCGAGCUGGGCUGAUUUGCUGUUGUUUGGAUCAAGAGCCCUCUGCUUGCCCGCCACCAAAACCCUCCGCAAAGAAUCCCUGUCCUCCAUAAUACGCAAAAAUUUGUCGGAUUUGUCUCGCCAUCAACAUCCUCCACGUCAACAUGCUCCUCCACGAACUCAGCAGGGUGAGCUAUCGAGCGAGCGCAUGUCAGCCCUUGCCACAUCGAUGUUGCAGGACAACAACAUCAGACGCGCCAUUGGGCUGGUAAUGGGCGACGAUUCAGUAGCGCCAGUAAAUGCUGAAACCCUUAAAGAGCUGCGCAACAAACACCCUUGCGAACCAGCGGAUAGUUUGUAUCCCCCUCCUCCCGACCAGUCUAACGUACCGCCCUUAGUAGCACCUGCCGAAGUGCUACAAGCAGUCAUGAGCUUCCUUCGGGUUCUACCGGUGGCUUUUCGGAUCUACGCCCACAACAUCUGA